AAUGGGUUUCUGAUUCCAGCGUUGUGCUCUGAACCCCUUCACACACAACAAUGUUUUCCCUCCUGUUCUUUGCUGUGUUCUGCGCCAGCUGCCUGGCUGCUCCGACGAUUCACAGGUCCUUCUCUCCUGAUGUUGGACCUGGUACUGGCACUGCCUUCGCCACAGGAGGAGGAGACCAAAGGAUCACAGCCAUCAGGAUCUGGGAGAGAAGCGGCGCUUACAUCUCUGGUAUCCAGCUACGCUUCGGUUUCAUUUGGGCUGAAAGGGUUGGUGUUGAAGUUGGAAUUGUGCAACAGCUGGAUCUGUUUGAUGGAGAGAGCUUUGUUCAGGUCUCUGGCAAAUUCCACAGCGACUACAUCUAUCAGCUGACAUUUGUGACCUCCAGAGGGCGUUUUCUGAUGGUCGGCCAGCCAAUAACGAACUCCUUCAACUUGUACCCCACCUACUCGGAUGAAGAGCUCAGACUGCUGAGUGGCCGCUUCAAUGGUGCAGGGAUUACUUCACUGGCAGCUCACUGGGGAGUGUUUCAAGGCAACAGCUCUUACAUACAAUAAUGAACAACUGAGUAACUGAUUAAUCAUAGAAUAGUGAUAAAUAAUUGUAAACUGGGAAUGAUCAACAUAAAUAUUUUCAUUAAGAAAUUAUUAAAUUAACACACGUGAUUGAACAUGUACUAGAUAGACAAUACUUUUUCAUGUAUCAAAUGAAGGGGCUUUAAUAAAAAGCAUUUUGCCCAUCUACAGCAUUGAAGGAAACAAAUCAGUGACUUAUUGCACUAAUGAAUCUACAUGUUUUUGAGGAAUAGUAACUGUACGUAUUACAAGAUUAUACAAAUGCAAAUGACAAUUUGAUUUGAUUUUGUGAUAAUGGUUGUAGAAAUGUUCAAUCUGAGCCAUAAUAAAUUCUGUUGCAUGCAACAUCCUCUUUUGUAUUUCAUAUUAGUUAUGGGUGUGACUUUUUUCCUUUCGUGACCUUUUUGGCUAUCAUGCAAAAUUAAUAAACAAACAAAAUAAAAGUAACUUGGUUGUAGGCCAGUCGCGUUUUGGUGGGACUCGGUGACAGCCAAUGAAGUUGCAGCAUUAUUAAUGCUGUUCAAGGUGCUGAACCAGCUGAGUUUUCCAAUGAUUAUGUGGACGCAGGUUCAUGUUGGGGCAAAGCCUG